AUGUCGGAGACGAAGGCCGAGAGUAAGAGCAAAAACCCUAAAAAGGCCAAUCUGUCAGAUCACAGCUCCAUCAAGCACCUUCUCGACGAGUCUGUCUCCGAGAUUGUUAAGAGCCGCGGAUAUGUGGAGAAUACGAGGUUAAGUAACUUGAAGUUGUUGAUUGGAGCCAUUGUCAUAAUCAUUGCUCUAUUUGCUCAGUUCUACAACAAGAAAUUUCCAGAGAACCGAGACUUCUUGAUUGGAUGCAUUGCAUCAUAUCCUUUUUACAUGGUCUGUUUCAUCCUUGACUCUGGCAAGUAUAUCAUCGUCAAUGGGAUAUUACAGGUGGUUUCAUACACUAAGGAGAAAAAUGCAAUCUUGUUCACUCAUCCUCCUGUGGGAGCCUUCAGCACUGGGUUGGUGGUGUCUUCCAAAUUACCAAGAUUUUCUGACUUGUACACACUUACAGUAGCAAGUGCGGAUCCAAAAUCGAUAUCUGCAAACAAACCGGUGGAAUUCACGAAGAGUGUUACUCAGUGGUUUACCAAGGAUGGAGUAUUGGUGGAAGGCCUGUUCUGGAAGGAAGUAGAUGGACUGAUAAACGAUUAUGCAAGAGAACCCAAGAAGAGCAAGUGA